GCCGUGACGUCACACAGCGCGGGGCCGGCUCAGAGCGGCGCAGGUUCGGAAGGGGCCGAGCGCAGCCGAAGGGAACCGAAAGGAGCCGAAGGGUGACGGAAACAGCCGAAGGGAGCCGAGAGCGCGGCCGAGCGGGCGGGGGGCGCGUUGCUAUGGCAGUGGGGAGGGCCCGGCCGAAGCGGGCCGGGCCGGGGCCGGGUUAACGGCGGAGGGCCGCGGAGCCCCCCCCACCCCUCGCCCCUUCCCCUAAACACGGCGCCAUGCUGAUCAAGGAGUACCACAUCCUGCUGCCCAUGAGCCUGGAGGAGUACCAGGUAGCGCAGCUCUACAUGAUCCAGAAGAAAAGCCGUGAGGAAUCCAGCGGCGAGGGCAGCGGGGUGGAGAUCCUGGCAAACCGCCCCUACAGCGAUGGCCCCGGUGGCAGCGGGCAGUACACCCAUAAGAUCUACCAUGUGGGCUCCCACAUACCCAGCUGGUUUCGGUCAAUAUUGCCCAAGGCAGCUUUGAGAGUCGAAGAGGAAUCGUGGAAUGCAUAUCCUUACACCAGGACAAGGUACACCUGUCCCUUUGUGGAGAAGUUCUCCAUCGAGAUUGAGACGUACUACCGGCCAGAUGCCGGCCAGCAGACCAAUAUCUUCAAUCUGAGUGCUGCUGAGAAGAGGCAGAGGAUCUUAGACACCAUUGACAUUGUGCGUGAUCCCAUCUCCCCUGGGGAGUAUAAACCUGAGGAGGACCCCAAACUCUACCGCUCAGCCAAGACAGGCCGGGGCCCGCUGGGGGAUAACUGGUUGGAGGCAGCCAGCAGCGGGCCGCUGAUGUGUGCCUAUAAGCUGUGCAAGGUCGAGUUCAGAUACUGGGGGAUGCAGUCAAAAAUCGAGCGUUUUAUCCAUGAUGUUGGCUUGCGCAAAGUCAUGCUGCGUGCACACCGCCAGGCUUGGUGCUGGCAGGAUGAGUGGACUGACCUGACCAUGGAGGACAUCCGGCAGCUGGAGGAGGAGACGGCGCGGAUGCUGGCGCAGAAAAUGGCCAAGUGUGGUGAGGCUGAGGAGCCCUCCACCGCCGGGCCCUGCCCUGAGGGGCGGCCAGAGCCAGGAGGUGCCAGCGGGCAGGAGGGCACCGAGGCUCAGGGCACUGCCGACAUCUCCCCCGAUGACAGCUUUGCCAAGCAGUGGUCCACAUCUUCACGUUCUUCCUACUCUUCUCAGCACGGAGGUGGGGUGUCUCCUCAGAGCCUGUCUGAGUGGCGGAUGCAGAACAUCGCCCGUGACUCCGAGAACAGCUCCGAAGAGGAGUUCUUUGAUGCCUAUGAGGAUCUGUCUGACAGCGAUGAGGUCUUUGCCAAAGAGAUGACCAAGUGGAGCUCCAAUGACUUCUUGGACACGCUGGAGCGGCCAGCAGAGCUGGAUGAGAAUCUGGGGGAGGGACCCAGCACCUCCAGAACAGAUGGCAAAGAACAGCCAGCAUCCAGCUUCACUGAGGGCAGCUCAGCUGAGAGCACAGCGCAGGCGUGCCGGAUCCACGUGCUCUUCCUCAUCCUCCACAGUGGCAACAUCCUGGAUCAGGGAGGGGGAGAACUGGGCUCCAAGCAGGCGGAUGUGCAGACGUUGGCUGCCACCUUUGAUGCUGUCACCCGUGUCCACUUCCCCGAGGCACUGGGACAUGUGGCAUUGCGCCUGGUGCCCUGCCCACCCAUCUGUGCCGCUGCCUAUGCAUUGGUCUCCAAGCUCAGCCCUUACAGCCAUGACCGGGACAGCCUAUCCAGCAGUCAGGACCACAUCCCACUGGCGGCUCUCCCGCUGCUGGCCACCUCCUCAGGGAGCUACCAGCAUGCUGUGGGCAAUGUCAUCACCCGUGCCAACCAGGCCUAUGCCGCCUUCCUGCACUCUGCUGAGGGCACCGGCUUCUGUGGCCAGGUGGUGCUGCUUGGGGACUGUGUGGGAGGCAUCCUGGGCUUCGAUGCGCUGUGCCAAAGCCGGGCAGGUGCUGGGGGCAGCCGGAGCAGCAGCCGCCGUGGCAGCCUGAGCACAGAGCCUGUCUCCCCUGAACUGUGCGGCACACGGGACCCACUAGCCGAUGGGGUGGACACAGCAGUGGGCCAGGGCAGCCCUGAGCCAGGGGACAGCCAGCAUCAAGGUUCUUCGUGCAGCCCACAGCCUGGCGAUGCCCCACUGGAGGCAGAGGCACCACGGAACAGUGCUGCAGCACAGGAUGGGGCAGAGAGCACCAGCACCCGCCUUGACUUUAAGGUAUCCGGCUUCUUCCUCUUCGGCUCCCCGCUGGGGCUGGUGCUCGCGCUGCGCAAGACCGUCAUGCCUGCUCUGGAUGUGGCCCAGCUGCGUCCUGCCUGUGAGCAGAUCUACAACCUCUUCCAUGCUGCCGACCCCUGCGCCUCCCGCCUGGAGCCCCUCCUGGCCAAAGCCUUCCAUGCUGUGCCACCGCUCAGCGUGCCCCGCUACCAGAAGUACCCUCUGGGUGACGGCACCUCCUCACUGCUGGCGGAGGCCCUGCAGAUGCACUCUGCCCUCUUCCUGCCUGAGGUGGACAUGGCUGCUCCCCCCACUCCCACCGGCAGCUUUGGGGGGGGUUUCUGGAAAGGAAGCGAGCCAGGAGACCCCCCUACGCCUGCCAGCACCAGCGAAGUCGUCAAGAUCCUGGAGCGCUGGUGGGGCCUGAAGCGCAUCGACUACUCUCUGUACUGCCCCGACGCUCUGACAGCUUUCCCUACGGUCGCCUUACCACAUCUCUUCCACGCCAGCUACUGGGAAUCCUCCGAUGUGGUGGCCUUCAUCCUGCGCCAGGUGAUGGAGAAGGAGGGCCCGCAGCCGGCUGAGAGCGAGGAGAGCUCCAUCUACAGCCCAGCAUUCCCUCGGGAGAAGUGGCAGCGCAAACGCACCCAAGUGAAGAUCCGGAACGUAGCAGCCAACCACCGGGCCAGCGACGUCAUCGUCUGUGAGGGCAAAGCACAGGUCCUCAGCGGGCGCUUCAUGUAUGGCCCCCUGGAUGUGGUGACAUUGACAGGAGAGAAGGUGGACAUCUACAUCAUGACGCAGCCGCUGUCGGGGAAGUGGCUGUACUAUGGCACGGAGGUGACGAGUGGCAGUGGACGCCUGACCUUCACCAUCCCUCAGGACAAGGCCCUGGCCAUUGGCAUCUACCCUGUGCGCAUGGUGGUCAGGGGGGACCACAGCUAUGCAGAGGCGUAUCUGACCGUGGUGGCCCGGGGCACUGAGUCAGUGGUGUUCAGCAUCGAUGGUUCCUUCACUGCCAGCGUCUCCAUUAUGGGCAGUGACCCCAAAGUGCGGGCAGGAGCUGUCGAUGUCGUACGGCACUGGCAGGACUCGGGUUACAUGAUCAUCUAUGUGACGGGCCGCCCCGACAUGCAGAAGCAGAGGGUGGUAGCGUGGUUAGCACAGCACAACUUCCCCCAUGGGAUCGUCUCAUUCUGCGAUGGGCUCACCCACGACCCCCUCCGACAGAAAGCAGCCUUCCUGCAGAGCCUGCGCUCCGAGGCAGAGAUCACCAUCGUCGCUGGCUACGGAUCCACCAAGGACGUCUCAGUCUACAGCUCCCUGGGGCUGGCACCGGCACACAUCUACAUCGUGGGUCGUGCUGUCAAGAAGUUCAUUAACCAAUGCCAGUUCCUGUCUGAGGGCUACGUGGCUCACCUGGCCCAGCUGGAGGCCGCUGCCCUGGUGCACUCCCCCAAAGGACCCCCCCGGCCUGUGCUGGGCAAAGGCACCUACGGCUGCCCAGCACCCGUCGAUUUCCUCCGCAAGCAGAGCCAGCUCCUGCGCUCACGGGGCUCCAGCCAGGCAGAGCGUGACGGGGGCCCCCUGCCUGCCCGUGUCAAGCCCCGCAGUGUCAGCCUCAAGCUGGAGGGUGAGGAGUGAGCCCCUACCAUUUUGCCCCCUCCCAGCCACAACCUUCGUUUCCCAUCGCGGAGUUGUAGCUGAGAGUGAGGAAGGUGCUGCACUCUGAAACUGCGGGGCACAGCCACAUUGCUCUGAGCCACCCCGGGGGCUGGAAUGACCCCCCUGGGUCCCACCUGCUGCCCCCCAGCUCUGCCUCUACCCAGCUGCCCCCAUCCCUGCUGGCAGUGCCCAGCCAGCUCUGAGGUUUGGGGUGCUGCCCCAUGUCCCAUUCACCUUUCUCUGCCCUAGUGGUGGUGGGGCAGGCACAGAGCCCCCUCCCUACACCCUUGUAUUUAUUUCUGUUCAGUGUUGUGGGGGGUGAGGGAAGGGCUGAGAUUAAAACAAAAAACAAAUGCAACAAAACAAACCGUUCCUCUGUUCUGUUUGUUUCAUUGUGAAAUAAAGCGAUGUAAUGCAGA